AUGUUGUCUUUGGCCACGUUAGGCCAAACUGGAGCCCGACGAGUUGUGACCGUGACUCGAGGGAGAUUUAUGAGGGACGGCAGGUGCCAGUUUACCCGUUUCUCAGAAUCUCAAUAUGUUCCCAGGAACAGACUUUUCAGAGGCUUUAGUGCCACAGCUGCUCAUCUGAAUGCUUCAUCAUCAGCUACGCCCGGUCAGAAAACACCCUCCUACAGUUAUGUCAUCAUUGGGGCUGGGUCAGCGGGCUGCGUUCUUGCCAACCGCCUCAGUGAGGAUGCCCAUGAGUCUGUGCUGCUGCUGGAGGCUGGGCCUAAGGAUAAGCUGCUGGGCAGCUUACGACUGUCAUGGAAGAUCCACAUGCCGGCUGCGCUGACCUACAACCUCUGUGAUGAGAAGUAUAACUGGUACUACCACACUUUACCUCAGGCCCACAUGGACAACCGGGUGAUGUACUGGCCAAGGGGCCGUGUCUGGGGCGGGUCUUCGUCACUCAACGCCAUGGUGUACAUCCGCGGACACGCUGAAGACUACAACCGCUGGCAGAGAGAAGGGGCUGAGGGUUGGGAUUACGAGCACUGUCUGCCGUACUUCAGGAAAGCUCAGUGUCAUGAGCUGGGAGAAAACCGGUACCGUGGAGGCAGUGGACCUCUUCACGUGUCUAGAGGCAAGACCAACCACCCCCUUCAUAAGGCUUUUAUUGAAGCGGGGCAGCAGGCUGGAUACCCCUUCACCGAUGACAUGAACGGAUACCAACAGGAGGGUCUCGGCUGGAUGGAUAUGACCGUUUAUAAAGGGAAGAGGUGGAGCACAGCCAGUGCCUACCUGAGACCCGUCCUGGGUCGAUCAAACCUGAAGACUGAGGUGCGCUGCCUGACCACCAAGAUCCUGUUUGACGGCGCCCGCGCGGUGGGCGUAGAAUACACGCAGAAUGGACAAAAGAAAAGGGUGUUUGCAGAUAAAGAGGUAAUACUGAGCGGAGGAGCAAUCAACUCCCCACAGCUUCUUAUGCUGUCUGGGGUAGGAAACGCUGAUGACCUGAAACAACUUGACAUUCCUGUUGUUCAACACUUACCGGGUGUUGGCAGUAACUUGCAGGAUCAUUUGGAGCUGUACGUCCAGCAGCAGUGCACUCAGCCCAUCACCCUGUACAAGGCCCAGAAACCUUUCCACAUGGUCAAGAUAGGCCUGGAGUGGCUCACUCUGUUCACCGGCUAUGGAGCUACAGCCCACCUGGAGAGCGGUGGGUUCAUCCGCAGUCGGCCACACGUCACACACCCCGAUGUCCAGUUCCACUUCCUGCCUUCGCAGGUCAUUGACCACGGACGAGUUGCCUCUAAGAUAGAGGCGUAUCAGGUUCACGUCGGACCAAUGAGAAGCACAAGUAUCGGUUGGAUGAAGCUGAAGAGCGCCAAUCCUCUAGAUCACCCGAUUCUGCAGCCGAAUUAUCUUUCCACAGAUAUCGACGUGUGGGAGUUCAGGGAGUGCGUCAAACUCUCCAGAGAGAUCUUCGCUCAGAAGGCCUUUGACACGUUCCGUGGGUCCGAAGUCCAGCCCGGUCCUCAGGUCCAAUCCGACGCCGACAUCGACGCCUUCGUCCGCCGAAAAGCUGACAGCGCCUACCACCCGUCCUGCACCUGCAAGAUGGGCUCACCUUCUGACCCGAUGGCAGUCGUCGACUCCAACGCGCGCGUCCUGGGUCUGGAGCGGCUGCGCGUGGUCGACGCCUCCAUCAUGCCCAGCAUCGUCAGCGGCAACCUGAACGCUCCGACCAUCAUGAUAGCAGAGAAGACUGCUGACACCAUCAGAGGUCGCCCUCCUCUCGUCGACCCAGAGGUCCCCGUGUACCAUCCGCCGACACUCAACACACAGAGAUAAACCGAGAGAGCGAGGAGCUGAAGGAGAGGAGUAACAGCCGGCGCCCUUCAGCACUCGAGUAAAAGGGUACGUGUGGGUCAGAAAGAGUUCACAACAUAAUCAGUCAUUAGACAACAACAGCAGUGUAUUGUGUGUUUGAUCGGGAGCUGAUCACUUUGCCUUUGAUCUGAUAUCGUAAAUGAAUAAUGUGAGCGUGUUGUCUUGUUGAUUUGCACACAACUUAGCGUAUCAGUGUUAGAUGUGUCACUGUUGCACACUACUAAUUAUGAAGGGCUGAUCUACAUGAUCUAAAUUAAAGGCCAUAAUGGUGUUGAAUGCAGUUGAUUUUAGCAGUUUACCUCUCAGAUCGUUUAUGUCUUAAGUAAUCUUAAAGCUAAUGUGAUGAAACUUUCAGGCACCCUGAUAAUGGUUCCUUCUCCUGCCUAGUUUGGGAAGCGUUCAGUGACUAAAACCAGCUUUUAGCUCAGGUUAACUGAGGUGACUCCUCAGAUUGGACCAGCCAAUUCAGUUGAUUUUACUUCUAAUUUGGCUAAACUUUAUAGAAUUUACUUACAACCACACUAAAACAAAUUUUCUUGCCUUAUUGUUUUAAAGUUAGACAUUUAUAAAGUUCAGCCGUGUGCUGGAACUUUCUGAUGGCACGACAUGGUUGCUAGGAAGAUUGCUGAGGAAUAGCAAUAAAUGACUAGUAUUACCUUGUUGAAUGUGAACAAUGCCCCAACUUUGAUAUGUUCGUGUGUGUUUUGUGUUAGUUGUGUUUGCACACUCUGAAGUUGAUAUGACUUACAAACUGCACAAGCCUACAGUCAAAUAUAAGCCAUAUAAAACAGCUGCAACACAAAUAAUGCCUUAACCCUCCUUCCCAUUAAAACUGACACGUUUUCAAUGGUCUAGUAUCCCAAUGGAAAAAUGUGACUUCUACCACAACAACAGAACAGCUAUAUAUUUGAACUCAUGUGCUUUUAAAUGCCUUCUUUUUUCACCCCACUGCAUUUCAAAACCGCUUUCUCAUCAGCCUUCAUAGAUUGUCCUUUUCAAAUCGUGAGUGAUCUUUGUUGUUGCUAAGUGACUCAUUAUCAGCAACCCUGGGUUUCAGGCAGAGUGUUGACCCAAGCAGUCUUAGUAGCAGUUUUUGUUUUGUCUGUGCAGAUCACUUAUCAGCACCUUCCUGAAACAAUGCAGAUUCAACCGCUUGACAAAAAUACUGGUGUGUCGCACACACUAAGAAUGAUUUCACACUAGUCUUUUUGGAAUUUGGUCAUAAACAUUGUUUUCAAACCCAGGUUACUAGAAACCGUACCAGACUCAGUUUAAAUGUGGUAGGAUCCAUCUGCAGUCACCAACUUCAAUCCUCACUCCCACAGGAAAAUGUUUUUGUGGUUAACCGUUAUUUGAGGCAUUAUUGUAUUGUUGACGAGACAAAAUACAGACAGUUGAGAAUUUUUCCUAAGAACUCUUGGGCUCUUUUUUACAGCUGUGCCUGCGUAACCUCCGCCUUUUCCUUAGUACAUGUUCGUCACUGAUUUCCUGGCAGUUGUAGCUCACAAGCACGCACUGCUGCUCCAGACAAGUGGGUUGUGGGUCAGAACAGUAGUAAAAGGUGAGCGUGAGAGAUGACAAUCAAAUGCACAAAGCUGGAGUUGCCUUUUUGCAUUGCCACCAAACAUGAUUUUAUAUCACAGUCAAAGUAUUGACUUGAAGCAGUUAAAGGAACAAUAUUUUUAAAUGGUCUGCACCAUUGCAUGCGUACAGGAGAGGAAUAAAACUGAUCCUCUGUGUGAGCUCUGUCAUGCUGUUGAUUUCUUUGAGUGAUCUUUUUCAUGGCUUUAUCUUUUCUUGUGUAAGUAUUCCACCUUUUGGUUCAGGCCAAUCUGCUAGUUGUUUAAUCUAAGUAGCAAAUUUUGGCUCAGAAUAUCAAAUCUGGCUACUGUAGAUACUGUGUUAAAAUACUCUUUUAUGUAAAAUAUACACUAUAAAGCAAAUCUUUAGCUUUUUUAAUGUUUUGUGGAUGUUUACAAAGAAUCUUUUGAAGAUGAUUGUGUAUACCUGAUCAGAUAAUACCAUUGGUGCCUGUAGAAUCAUUAUGUUCUGAAGUCAAUGUGAGUGAUGAAGUGUAUUAGUGUACUAAUAUGUUGGUAUCUUCAAUCAGAAGUAUUGAUUUAAAUAGUUUUUUGGUUAUCAGCUCUAAUGGAAUCAGCACAGUGCCAGAAUGCAUUAUAAUCAAUUAAGCAUUGCACUACACUAUGAAGUAUCUUUCUUUCUGUGACAAUUAAUGUUUACAUUAUAUGCAGUGUUUUACAAUAUUACUUGAAUUUUUAACUCAUUUGUGUCCCAAUGAAGGAGUAACAUGUUGAUUGUAAAGGGAAAAUUAGUGUUAAAUUUCUUCCAGCCUUUAUGUUUGCAUGUUUGUUUUUUCUCUUGAUUGUAAACAAACACUUCAGACCGUCCUGACCUUGUCCUCAUGACUUUAUUCAGUGAUCCUUACAAAAAUCCUCAGCAUGUUAAUUUGUACAAAACAGGGUUUUUGUAUUCCAUUGGUACAAAAUCUAUAAUAUAAGGUACUAGAACUUAUGCUACAAAGUAGAUGGAGCUAUGUUUUUUAAUUUCCAUACAACAAAUGGGUAGAAAGCAGAAAUCUUCAAGUUCAUCACUUUUUUUUUUUUUUUUUUACAAACACUGUACAGAUUUCAUACAUUGUCAGUUCACCUGUAAAGCAGUGGAACAGUACAAAAAAAUAAAGCUGUCAGUUGCACAACAAA